ACAGAUAAUAAGUGGACGGUGGGCAUGGCUUCGCGCGGCAUGAAUCGAGGUAAGCCUCCGGCGUCGCUGCAAUGACAAGGCUGCCGACUAUCCUCGGAUGACUGCGUCUCGAAUACAACUUCAAGGAUGACUGCCGCAACCACGGCUCUGCUGUGCCAACAAUGUACCACCGGUACACUUCAAUCCUUCCAUCAUGGACUGAGCUGGGAAUGGAGGCCCAGAAAGCGCAUGGCUUCCGGCUUAUCUCCCUCGCCUUCACCCUCCUGGAGGACUUGGAGAGCUGAACUUCCGCGGUCUCACAGGGGUCCUCUCUUCACUUCUAGCACCACCACCACCACCACGUCUACGCGUGCGUCCUCGGCUACGACAGGAACCACCGCCGAAGAGAAGGAAGAGCCAACCAUCGACGAGCUCCUCACCAAUCUUGAAAAGAGCGAAGCUGGGGCUUCUGAUACUGCUGCUGGAACUCAGAGACGAAGACCACCGGCAGGUACGCCGUCAAGGAUCACACGGACCUUCCCCGUGCAAGACGAGGACUUGGUUGCGGACAAGGUCCUGACUGGACGAAUCAAGUCCAUCAUGACGUUUGGUGCCUUCGUGGAUCUCGGUGCUAGAGUAGACGGCUUGCUCCACAUUUCGAAGCUGGGUGAGGGGUUCGUCAAGGCUGUGGAGGACGUUGUACAGGUCGGGCAGGAGGUGCAAGUUCAGAUACUCGAGGCGGACUUGCAGAAUAGACGCGUGAAGCUCAAGCUGUACGAUCCCACUCCCAAGCCAGAACCAACAAGAGCACCCUCUUCUGGUGCUCCGGCCACAGGCGGUCGAGAGGCCUUCCGUGGAAAGAUUGCCGGAAGGGGUGCUCCAGGGGCAGCAGGCCAAAACCGACGAGCAGCGACUGACAAGCCGAAGACGUCAAACUACCAAAAGGGACAGGCUGCGACAGGUGUUGUCAAGAACUUGACAAGAAGAGGCUGUUUUGUGGAGCUCCCUGGAGGCGAAGAAGGCUUCAUGCAUGCGAAUGAGAUCAGCGUGGCCGGGGAGAAUGUUCCCAUUGAGACCCUCGUUAAAGUGGGACAGGAAGUGAAGGUGAAGGUGCUCCGCAUCAUCGAGGGAAGAAUCAAUCUGACCAUGAAGGAAGAGCUGGACCUGAAGAAGGUGAAUGAGGAGUUUAAUGGAAGCAUGACCGCCACCAACGCAUUUGAGCUUGCUUUCCGAAAAAAUGCUGCCAUCAGGAAGUAUUUAGAGGAGUCAGGGAGGCUUCCAGUUGUGGAGGCAGCCGACAAGAAGAGCAAGAAAACGAAGGCGGAAGAGGCACAUGUGAACGCUGAAGCACCAGAAGACCCGGCAUCGACGGCUGACGAGGCCGAAAUUGUGAAAGAGGAGGCCCCUGCCUCACAAGAAAAGGAACCUUCCGUGGAACAAGAGGCUACGGAAACAGUAAGUGCAGUCCGAGAGGAGUUGCCCAAGGAAGAGGAGGAGGAGCUAUCGGAACCAAAGGAUGUGGUUGCUGCUGAUGCUGUACCAGACGUGGAAGAUAAGCGUGUGGAAAAAGAGCCACAGGAAGCCGUCGAAAACGUGGAAAAGCCUGGGGACGAGGAGGUGCCGGUAGCAGAGGUUGAAAAUGAACUUGUUGAGAACAAGGAAGAGCCAGCAGAGGUGACAAGUGCAGCUGUCCAAGACAAGGAACCUCAGCAGAAAGAGGACGUGAAAGAGGAAGAAGAUGAAGUUUCGGAGACAAAGACGGAAAAAGCGCUGGAGGAUGAUAAAUCUGCCGACGAUGAAAAGGCAAAAGAGGCGAUUGCCGAAGUGAAAGAGAAUGUGGAGGAGACAAAGGAAGAAAGUACGACGAAGGAAGAGAUGCUGGCCACGGAAGCAGAGUCUGUCGGCACAGUGAUUUCCGCGGCAUUGGUGAAGUCUCUCAGGCAGCAGUCAGGAGCAGGCAUGAUGGACUGCAAAAAGGCUCUGGUGGAAACAAACGGAGAUUUUGAGUUGGCCAUCGAGUAUCUGAGGAAAAAGGGGCUGGCUGGUGCGGAUAAAAAGGCUAGCAGGAUCGCCGCCGAGGGAGCAAUCGGGAGCUACAUUCAUGACGGUCGGAUUGGUGUCCUGCUAGAAGUCAACUGCGAGACAGAUUUUGUGUCUAGGGGCGAGCUCUUCACGCAGCUGGUGGAGGACUUGGGAAUGCAGCUGGCUGCAUCUCAACAGGUUGAAUACGUGUCUGUGGACGAUAUUCCGGCCGAGGUGAAGAGCAAGGAGUUCGAGAUUGAGAUGCAAAGGGAAGACAUACAGAGCAAGCCCGAGGCUGUACGUGCCAAGAUUGUGGAGGGACGAGUUGCGAAGAGGCUCGCGGAGCUAGCGCUGCUUGAGAAAACGUUCAUCAAGAAUGACAGUCUUCUCGUCAAGGAUCUGGUUAGGCAGACAAUUGCAGCCGUGGGUGAAAACAUCCAAGUGAGGCGGUUUGCAAGAUACAUUGUUGGAGAAGGCCUUGAGAAACGCAGCUACGAUAUUGCAGCUGAAGUCGCUGCUCAAGCCGAAGCACAGGCACAGAAGGUCGUCGAAGCACCGGCCACGGAAAGCACCAGCGAUAGCAGCGGCAGCUCCGAGACGGACAAGGAUGCUCAAACCAUCGCCAUCUCGGCUUCUUUGGUGAAGCAACUACGGGAAGAAACAGGAACUGGCAUGAUGGACUGCAAGAAAGCUCUGGUAGCAUGCAAAGGCGACUUUGAACAGGCGAAGGACUACCUGAGAAAGAAGGGACUGGCAAGUGCGGAGAAGAAGGCUGGGAGAAUAGCGGCAGAAGGGAUGGUGGUGAGCUACAUUCAUGCGUCACGUAUCGGCGUGCUGGUGGAGGUCAACAGUGAGACGGACUUUGUGGCGAGGAACACAGUGUUUAAGGAGCUGGCCGACGAUCUGGCGAUGCAACUGGUCGCUUGCCCGCAGGUGGAGUACGUGUCUGUGGACGACAUAUCAGCUGACAUCAAGGACAAGGAACGCGAGAUUGAGAUGCAAAGGGACGACUUGCAGAACAAGCCCGAGCAGAUUCGUGCCAAGAUUGUCGAGGGGCGCCUGAGCAAGCUGCUGGCGGAGAGAGCCCUGCUUGAGCAACCGUAUCUCAAGGACGACACCAGGCUCGUCAAAGAUGUGCUGCAAGCCAAGACGGUGAGCUUGGGCGAGAACAUCCGCGUCCGGAGGUUUGAACGCUUUACGUUGGGAGAAGGCAUCGAGAAGAAGGCUCACAAUCUUGCCGAAGAAAUCGCUGCGCUGAAGCCAGUGUGACUUCCAGGUUUCGCUCCUAAUUUUUGUUGUCCUCGAUGAAUCUGUGUAGCCAACGUUUUGCAUUGCAGUCCGAAUGUGCUGAAGUGAUCAACCAGGAACUUCCAUUCCCCCGA